AUGAAGUCCGUGCUGUUCAGCCGCUUUUUCAUCCUCCUGCCCUGGAUCCUAAUAGUCAUCAUCAUGCUCGACGUGGACACGCGCAGGCCCGCGCCUCCGCUCACCCCGCGCCCCUACUUCUCUCCCUAUGCCGUGGGCCGCGGGGGCGCCCGACACCCGCUCCGCAGGGGCGGCCCCGACAGCGGCCCCGGGCGCGGAUUAGAGAAGCGCAACGAGUCGCGGCCGCUGCCACAACCACAACCCGGGCCGCCUCUACCCACGAUCUAUGCCAUCACGCCCACCUACAGCCGCCCUGUGCAGAAAGCCGAGCUGACCCGCCUGGCCAACACCUUCCGCCAGGUGGCGCAGCUGCACUGGAUCCUGGUGGAGGACGCGGCGGCGCGCAGCGAGCUGGUGAGCCGCUUCCUGGCGCGGGCCGGGCUGCCCAGCACUCACCUACACGUGCCCACGCCGCGGCGCUACAAGCGUCCCGGACUGCCGCGCGCAACCGAGCAGCGCAACGCCGGCCUCGCCUGGCUGCGCCAGAGGCACCAGCACCAGCACGCGCAGCCCGGCGUGCUGUUCUUCGCUGACGAUGACAACACCUACAGUCUGGAGCUCUUCCAGGAGAUGAGAACCACGCGCAAGGUCUCUGUCUGGCCAGUGGGCCUGGUUGGUGGGCGACGCUAUGAACGUCCAUUGGUGGAAAAUGGCAAAGUUGUUGGUUGGUACACCGGCUGGAGAGCAGACAGGCCUUUUGCCAUCGACAUGGCAGGGUUUGCUGUAAGCCUUCAAGUCAUCUUGUCCAAUCCAAAAGCUGUAUUUAAGCGCCGUGGAUCCCAGCCAGGGAUGCAAGAAUCUGACUUUCUAAAACAGAUAACGACAGUUGAAGAACUAGAACCAAAAGCAAAUAACUGCACCAAGGUUCUUGUGUGGCACACUCGGACAGAGAAGGUUAAUCUAGCCAAUGAGCCAAAGUACCACCUUGACACAGUGAAGAUCGAGGUGUAAGCAGAAGCAGCAGCGGUGCAGUUUGCCUGGCCGGAGGACAUGGACGUUUGGAGGUUAGGCUGCAGACCAUUCAGGUACUGUUCAUUUUACUUCAGUACAACAGCCUUUAUUGACAUCUGAUGGACAUCUAUUUAAACAGAGCUUGUCAGUUAACAAACUAGCUGGAUGAUGAUAUGAAAUGUUUUUGUCUUCAUUUGUUCUGCAUGUUUUCUCCACAACUAAACUGGAAGAUCUUUGUACAGUACAGCUAAUGACACUGCAAUGUACCAUUCUGAGUAUCUCAUAUACUUUUUUUUUUUCCCAUUUGGUCUUAUAAUUGGCAGAACUGAACAGGUUUUAGAAACAGAU